UCAAUGAACGUCAUUUUGUAUAAAUGUCAAAAUAUUAGCGUUACUGUUGCGUUGCAUGUGUUAUUGUGUAUUAUUUCGCUCAAAAUUAUCAAAACAUAGACCAAAAUGGAUAUUCUAAAGGCCGAAAUUGCUAGAAAACGUAAGCUUCUCGAAGAAAAGAAUUUACUGGAUCCAACUAAAAACAAGAAAUACUUCAAAAGAGGUGAACUCCUCGCUAAGGAACAGGAGGAAUAUUUAAAGAAAUAUGGCCCACGGAUGCCCGAACCAGAGGACGAAACUGUGUCACAAGAAGUUAAAAACGAAAGAGCAAGGGCUACACAAGCAACCAAUGAUGCGGAGAACACUGAAAUAGUUGGUUUACCAAGAACAGAAGUCAUAAAAAGGUUACGAGAAAGAGGUCAUCCUAUCUGGUUGUUUGGUGAAAAUGAGUUGCAGUCAUUCAAAAGAUUGAGAAGGAUAGAAAUUCAGGAACCAGAAGCUAACAGAGGUUUGAGAAAUGACUUCCAAGAAGCUAUGGAGAAAGUAGACGAAGCAUACCUGAAUGAAAUUUUGGCUUUAGGAACUCAGAGUGACAAUGAUAAACAGCUUAAAGAAGAUGCAUUAGAUGAUUCAGUAACUUACGAGUCCAUACAAGAAAUGGCAAAGACGAUGGGGCAGGGUGACAAAAACCAUGAUAUGAAUGUUAUCAUGACUUUAUUACAGUUUCUACUAAAACUAUGGGGGCAACAACUGAACUCUGCAACAGGUGCAGAGAAAACUGCUGUGAAACAUAAAAUGACGCGAGCCACCUUCACUCAAACUCAAGUGUACCUAAAGCCUUUGGUGCGAAAACUGAAAAAGAAAAAUCUUCCAGAUGACAUCUGUGAAAGUCUCUGUGAAAUUACCAAACAUUUGUUAGAAAGGAAUUAUAUUAUGGCAAGUGAUGCAUAUCUUCAGAUGGCUAUAGGAAAUGCCCCAUGGCCCAUUGGUGUGACUAUGGUCGGUAUUCACGCCCGUACAGGUCGAGAAAAGAUCUUCUCCAAAAAUGUGGCCCAUGUCAUGAAUGACGAAACUCAAAGAAAAUAUAUUCAAGCAUUGAAAAGACUCAUGACAAAAUGCCAAGAAUACUUCCCAACCGAUCCUUCAAGAUGUGUUGAAUAUACUACACUUAGAUAAUGAAUAAAGUAUGUUUUACCUAAAA